AUGACAAGCAAAGAUGAAUCGUCGAUCAGAGAGAGAGCUGCGAAGGAAGGAGAGACGCGAAGAGAAAUUGAGGAUCUGAAGAAAAAGCUUGCGAUGGAGAAGAAAAGGACUAAGCGGAUUAAGCUUUUGCGGCUUCAUGGAGAUGCUUCUUCUCGUCGUUCUGGUUCUCUUGAUUUCCAGUUUCUUCCUUGUCUUCUUUCUCGGUUCUCGUUGAUCAAUGUUUGUAUCAGCUUUCUCUAG